AUGUCGUUUAGGAAGAGGUCUGAAAUUAUAAGUGGCUCUCGCACCGUGCCCAAUAGAGGUUUCACGCCAAUACGUGGGGCCCCAGUUCGCAGCGAUGAAGUGACAGGUCUAAGAGCAGUUACCAGCAGAGGCAGAGACAUGGGCACAGCUCGUGCUGGCCAAAUUGAUACAAGCAACGUUUCCAGGCUUUCUAGAGGCGUGGAGAAGCUUGGCAUCCACAGUGAGGUGGCAGGGCAGUCGCAUCCGGGCUUGCGUCCGUCGCCGGCUACUUCGCAUCCCACAACAUCCACGGGUUGUGCAGAUAUGGAUCGGCUCCUAGGGCAUAUGGGCUUGCCAAUGGGCCAGAUGCUUCUGGUGGAAGAACAAGGGGGUACAGACUUUGCAUCGGUACUUGGAAAGCUCUUUGCAGCGCAGGGAGCAGCACAUAACCGCGCGGAAAGUCGCGGCGCACAGCGGGGAGGGAAUACGCAUGUGGUGGUCAUCACGCUCAACACUCAGUAUGCGAAGGAGCUGCCGGGGAUAUUCCAGGGCACACGUAAAGAGGUAAAGAAAUCUCGCAUUUCCCAGGAGGAAUCGAAGGUCACGGUGCAAAACUUAGCCGGAGGGGGUGCAAAACCGGUCGCACGUAGCCAAGAUCUCAGAAUUGCAUGGAGGUAUGGACUUGGUGAUAAUUGUGGUGCUAGCCAGCGCUCGGAGCCAGAAAUUGACCCUCAUCCUCAUUACCGGCACCAGUUCGAUAUAACUAGUCGUAUGCUACCUGCUCCUACUGCAACUGAAGUGUCGACCUUGUCGCCACAACAGCCUAUAGCAACGCUGCUGCGCCAGCUUGAGCUGAAGCUAGAGGCGCAGCCCAGUCAGCUUUUCCGAAUCGUUAUCCCCGCAUUCCUACAUCCCGCUAUGUACGCACCCAGUGCGGUGCAGCUCCACGAGGCCAUUACGCUCCUUCAUGGAGUUCGAUCCUUGGUGAAGAAGCAUCGCGAACACUGUGUUCUACUGGCUACUAUAUCUCGGGAUCUUUUUAGCCAACGUGGAAGCCUGUUCAUGUCCCAGAUAGAAGCUGUCUUCGAUGCUGCGAUCUGCCUCGAGCCUUUUAAUCAGGAAAUGCAGCAAUUUCUUGAGCGCGCAUACAAAUCGCAACCAAACAAGGUGCAACAUGGCCUUGUCCAUGUGCUUAAGCUGCCCGUGAUAUCUGAUAGGGGAGAGAUGCAUGUCAUACGCUCAGAAUGGGCCUUCAAGAAUGGACGGAAGAACUUCGCUAUUGAAGAAUGGGGUAUCCCUGUCGAAGAGACCGAGCAAGAAAAGGAUGACAACCAACUGGUGGGCACCGCAAGCUCUACCCGAGAUAUUGGAUCCUCAUCAUGCGCUGGCGGGAAAGUUGCCAUCAGCUCUCACGACUUCUAG